UGGCUAGCUACUGAAAUGAUUUCAGGACGUUUAACUUUUUGUCUGUUUCCAGGUGAGGUUGUGGUGAUUGGUUCAAAUCUUCCAAUCAUCGCUGCUCCGGGUGAUGAUGUCAUCCUGCCGUGUCACCUGGAGCCCACGUUCGAUGUCCAGGGUCUGACGGUGGAGUGGUCCAAACCCGACCUGAAGCCCGACCCGUCAGAUGAGUACGUUCACCUGUACAGACAUGGAAAGGAGGUCCCCGACAUGAAGAUGGCCUCGUACUUCAGGAGGACGGAGCUGUUCAUGGACGACAUGAAACACGGGAACAUUUCACUGAAGAUCCUGAACGUGUCGGAGGAAGACAACGGCAGAUACAGAUGUUUCAUCCCCAAGCUGCAGAGCCGAGUGAAAGCUGCUGUUGUUGAACUUGUAGUCGGUGAGAAGAUUUGUUUUGGUGAUGUUUGGGGUUGAAAAG